ACUCCCGCCUAGCGGGGCGCCAGAGGCCGCCAGCGUUUCCCUCGGGCCUCUGGGGGCGGGCCCGGGGCUGGGGGCGGUGCCCCGGGAGCUGUGUGGCCGGCGUGCGCGCGCCGCCGAGUGCUGGAGGCCGCUGGGCGCGUGCGCGGGCGGUCGCUACCUGCAGUGGAGUAAGAGAGCGAGUGGGCGACUAUUGCAGCGGUCUCGGGCAGCAUGCGGCCGGGAGAGGAGCGGCCCUUGGAAGGGGGCGCGUGUGAUGGCGGCUCCGAGCUGGAGCUCCUGAAGCUGCGCGCCGCGGAGUGCAUCAACGAGGCGUCCGAGCGGCUGGGGGCCCUGAGCCGCGCGAUCUGGAGCCAGCCUGAGCUGGCCUACGAGGAGCACCAUGCCCACCGCGUGCUGACGCACUUCUUCGAGGUGGAGCCGCCGGCCGCCUCCUGGGCAGUGCAGCCGCAUUACCUGCUGCCCACAGCCUUCCGCGCCGAGUGGGAGCCCCCGGAGGCCUGGGCGCAGAGCCCCGCGCUGCGCCCGCUGCACCUGGGCUUCCUCUGCGAGUACGACGCGCUGCCCGGCAUCGGCCACGCUUGUGGCCACAAUCUCAUCGCCGAGGUCGGGGCAGCGGCAGCGCUAGGCGUGAGGGGGGCCCUGGAGUGCCUCCCUAGGCCACCUCCGCCGGUGAAGGUAAUUGUUUUGGGAACCCCUGCAGAAGAAGAUGGUGGUGGCAAAAUUGAUUUAAUUGAAGCAGGGGCUUUUAAAAAUCUUGAUGUUGUUUUUAUGGCCCAUCCAUCACAAGAGAAUGCUGCUUAUCUACCAGAUGUGGCUGAACACGAUGUGACUGUGAAAUACUAUGGAAAAGCAUCUCAUUCUGCUGCUUAUCCCUGGGAGGGAUUAAAUGCAUUAGAUGCUGCUGUGCUGGCCUAUAACAAUCUGUCUGUGUUCAGACAGCAAAUGAAACCAACCUGGAGAGUUCAUGGUAUAAUAAAAAAUGGUGGAGUAAAACCCAACAUCAUUCCCUCUUAUUCUGAAUUAAUCUAUUACUUCCGUGCACCCUCAAUGAAAGAACUUCAAGUUUUGACCAGAAAGGCAGAAGAUUGCUUCAGAGCUGCAGCUUUGGCUUCAGGGUGCACAGUGGAAAUUAAAGGUGGAGCACAUGAUUAUUAUAAUGUUCUUCCCAAUAAGAGCCUAUGGAAAGCUUAUAUGGACAAUGGAAAAAAGCUAGGAAUAGAAUUCAUUUCAGAAGAUACAAUGUUGAAUGGCCCUUCAGGAUCCACAGAUUUUGGAAAUGUUACUUUUGUGGUUCCUGGAAUUCAUCCAUAUUUUUACAUUGGAUCUAAUGCCUUGAAUCAUACUGAACAGUACACUGAAGCUGCUGGGUCACAGGAAGCUCAGUUCUACACUUUGCGGACGGCCAAAGCUCUGGCAAUGACGGCCCUGGAUGUUAUUUUUAAACCAGAGUUACUGGAAAGAAUUAGAGAGGACUUUAAACUGAAACUUCAAGAAGAACAGUUUACAAAUGCAGUAGAAUAAAAGGAAGAGUUAGGGGCCGCUUAUGAAUCAAGAAGAUGUGAUGAUUUUUUUCUUUUAUUCUCUUUUAAUGAAGGCAUGCUUGUUUUUUAAUCUUAAAGGAAUCAAAUUCUUCUUACCUGAUAAAUGAGGACAGGGUGUGGAGAAAACAUAUUACCUCAUAUGAAAUUUUUUGCAAAUCUGUACUUGAUGGAUUGUGAUAUUGCUGGAGCUGGUAGGUGAUGCCAUUCUUUCUAGUCUUUCCCUCACAACCACUCACCUUCACAGUAGUGAUACCAUCUUAAACAACCUGGAUGAUACAUGGCAUCAUUUUUAUAAAAUAUUUUAAUAAACCUUUUUAUCAGCCUUA